AUGGCGGCAGUAGCACCGCAGGCAGGGACGCAGGAGCCCCUGCUGCCCGAUGGGCAGCGCUCCGGGCAACAAAGCUCCGGAGAUGCAAGCUGCUUGGUCAUCCCCCUGGUGGUGGUGCUUCUUUUCCUUAUUGCUCGACGUUCGGAGACAGCGUGCCACCCGGAAGACCUACAGCAUGCGAAGCCUCCUUACGGUGGCAACUUGCUUCCUUCCUACUUCAUCCUGUCACAGCACCUGAACCUCAGCCGAGCUGACACGAUCGUCAAUGUCUAUGACAAGGAUUGGGUCAGUCUUGGGCAUUUCUACCACGACACCUACGGGCAUUUUGGAUACUCGGACCCGUCUAACCGGAUCUGGUUUGAAGCACGACAUCCCAUGUUGAAUAACAUGUUCUCGUCACUUCCCAAGCAAUACAGCCUGCAGCGGUGUGACGUUGACUUUGGUGGACAGCAGGGUGGGAUGUUUGAUGUGAGUGAGGACAAAGUUCACGAAAGCUGGCUUUGUGAGUUCAAGAAGGGUUGCUUUGCCAACGUCUACAACGUCACAGGACAGCCUGCGAGUCCGAGCGCCAACAUGCAAGGCGAUGUGCUCCAUGUGGCCAAUGCAAUCUUCGGUUUCGAUUACUUGAAGAACGUGACGCUGGGAAGCUCCCAGUUCUACAGGUGGCGUACUCAAUGGUACCUGAACAUUGUCGACCCGACGGAUGGCUCCAUCGUCGCCCACGCGAAGCAGCACGUGUUCUCGGAUGACGAUUUCGUCACCUUGUCCUUGUCAAACUGGACGGUGCAAAUCUCAGAGUCCUCGCGACUGCCAAAUUGGGUUGUCGGCUUCCUGGCCGCCUUUAAUGACGUGCAUCCGCAAGACAGUUUUGGUAUGCCUGGAGCCUACGGCAGGAGGAGGAGGGGUUUGGUAUAUUAA